UUUUCAGUCGGUCACAGGCAGUCACGGCGUAAGCCUCAAAAUGUGCGGUUCGAUAGUUGAUAUUUGGUUUAUUUAGAGUUUUUUGGACACCAAAACACACUGUCUGGGGAAAAGAGUUAAAUUUAUCACCCACAUUCGAGAACCAGGCGGACAGGUUCCGGGUUAUUCGCAGCAGUGAUUUAAUCGAUGCAAACUCCGAUCCUUCGGUGGACGAUCGAAUGAAGUUCAUUCGGCGAAUAUCGCGAGCAAAACACAGAAUUCUGCGAAAAUCGUGAUUGGAUGAGCUACCGAAAACGAAAAAAGAGAAAAUUUUUUAAACGUUUGGGCUGAAAAAAAAAAACGAAACAAAUAGUUAAGUUCUUAGCAAGCAAAGUGAUUUUGAAUGCGAAAAAAUGUGCAAUUCUUUUUCGUUGUUUUCCAACCUGUGAGUGUGAUUCAUGUUCUAAGUUAAGUCGAAAAAGUAAAAAACGAGGUCACACAAAAGCAGCAAAAUUCUGGGGAAUUUCAGCACCAGCCAACAAUAGCAGAUCGGGAAUAACAAGCGGAAAUUCCUUUUGCCUGGUGCACAGCUCGAGCAGAGUUUCCCACACAAUACCACCACCGUCUACGUAAUCACAUGUGAACCGAUGCAUGAUCUAAUUUAUUGUACCACGCUCCGAGGGAUUGAAAGUUCAAAGGACUACACAAAGAACAAGGUUCCGUUCCUUUCAGCCAGGCUUCCAGGUCAACCAGUUAGCCAAAAUAGGGGCAACAGCGGCGACAGCUACCUGUGAACCUUCCGAACAACCAUAAAAGCAUUUUCACCUCUUGAACGCCAGAGUCAGCAGCAAGCGAAAGGACGAACAAAAUAAGGACCCGAAAGAAGGAGGACCGCUUCAGACAGAAGAAAAACAUUCAUCACCCUCUUACGUAUGAUUUUACGUUGCAACUCUGUGGGCACACCUCGGGGUCCCUAGUUCCAGUGGGAUCGCGUCAACGAACAAAGGCAGCGAGGCCCUUAAGCGGUAGCCUGGCAGAAAAGAUGAGCAAUUAGAGUGAAUUCGCGUGUAUGCUGCAACAUAUCGUCUCUCUUUUGGUACGGUGUGGUCAAAAUUGUCACCUUUCGGAUCGGAAUUGUUUGUGAUUGUUAGGAGGAAAACAUUGCAAAAAAAAAAAAACUUUUUCGGAUUAAGAACCAAAAAAAGUGAUUGAGAAAAUUUCGUGAGAGUAAAAGUGGGUGCAAAAUUGGAACUGUGCAAGCAUUACGAUCAAAAUUAACUUUCGGACUGUAUGGGUUAGGCUCCAGUUUUGGUCAUUUUGGGAAAAAGUGUCGAAUCGAAAGUUCUUGGUUUAGUGUAAGAAAAACAAAAAAAUACCCAUAGAAAAAAAACUAAGGAACCAUCAUCCGGAGCCAUUCGAAGAUUGUGUUUUUCUUUUGUGAAAAAAUUUGUGAAUUUCGUUUGGAGAUCGCACAUGCAGAGAAAUCGAGAACUGGCACUGACUGGAAAUAGGAUUUUAAAACUGAACUUACUUCGCACAAGAAGUACUGCUAGAAGAUAACGGAAUCGUUUGAAUACCCACCAAUCGCCACCACACAACUCGGAUGCACAAAUUCAGCAACCAAAACUCAUGAAAGAGAAAUUUGAAAUAAUGGCGGACCAGGAGCAUUACAGCCUUCGGUGGAACAACCACCAGAACCACAUUCUACGGGCGUUCGAUACGCUACUUCAGACCAAAACCCUGGUGGAUGUCACACUAGUCUGUGCCGAGACGAGCAUCCGUGCCCACAAGGUCGUCCUGUCGGCUUGCUCACCAUUUUUUCAGCGUGUGUUCUCCGAGACGCCCUGCAAACACCCUGUGAUAGUGCUGAAAGACUUCCGAGGAUGGGUAGUGCAAGCAAUUGUGGAUUUUAUGUACCGCGGUGAGAUCAGUGUGCCCCAGGAGCGGUUAUCGGUUUUAAUACAGGCCGGAGAAUCAUUGCAGGUUCGAGGAUUGGUGGACCAUCCAGUGGCCGGUAAUACCCCAACUCCGGCACAAUCCCCGGAGGACUUUAGUUUGCUUGACUCUUCAAUAAUAUCACCGACAUCUCCGUCUCUACCGUCGCCAAACUUUAACCACCUGCAUCACGCUAGACAUCCGCAUCAGAACUCAACCGCAACGAGCAUGCUGAGUACCAGUACUCCGAAGUUGCUGCUGCCACCGCAGGUGUUCGCUGAUCCUGCUCUGAACCUGCCGAACCCAGAUAUUUGCACGUCUCCAAUGCCCCGACGAAAACAGGCUCGUCCACGGCGGCGAUCAGGAGACUGCGCUCCACAGGACCUUACAAGUAAACCCGCAACCCCAAUUCCUCAUGCUAUGGAUGGAAAGGACACCGACGAUAACAACGAAAUUGAACGUGAAAAUGAAGAUGAUAUGGAAGACGAUGAUGAUGAUAUUAAGGAAAUCUUACGGAGGAGCGAAAGUGAAGACCGGAAGGAGUCGAAACCAUUGAAGACAUCGAGCAAAACCGAAGAUGACAUCGACAAGGAUAGUAAAAAUAACUCCACAGCAUCUACGGUUUCUUUGGGUGCUUUAGACGGACCAGAAAAUCUAUGCAUGAAAAAAUCAUCCACGACGGGCUCGAAUUCUAGCAAUUCCGGAAGUAUUACGAAUAGCAGUGGUUCUCAUAAAGAAGCUAACUCCCGUUUGUCGGACCAAUCGAACGUAAAGGAUAGCCCGCUGGAGCCCACCAUUGGACGGUUGUCGCUGAAAGAUAUCAGGCAUCUGAACCGCUCUUCACUAGUCCGAUCCAUGAAUUCCCUGUCGCCUCCACCAUCGUUUCACCUGAACAAUAACCCACCAUCCGGCCUCUCGCAUGCCGACAAACGUGUCAAACUGGAAGACCGCGACGACGAUCGCCUGGGAGACGACGACGGAUCCCAUUUUUUAGAACACAUGGAUUUGGCUCUGGCCGCCCACCAGCACCCGCUCGCCCAUUUAUCGCAUCACAACUCCUCGCCGCAGCUGCGACCCCCGGGUCUGACGCCGGACGGUGACAACAACAACAGUAGUAGUAGUAAAAAUAACAACAGCAGCGGUGGUUCGAACAACCGCGAUGGAAACCACGGUCAUUCCGGUGGCGGCGGAGGUCUCGGUAAGGAUCGACCUGGGCCGAAGGAUUUUCUCCACAGCCCGACGUUGAAUUUUCCCCCCUUCUUCAACCAAUCGGACGGUCCGCCGCGGCCGCCACACUCGCCGCUCUCCUUUCCGCACAUGCCGUCGGUCUCGUCGCUGACGCUGACACCACCGCACAUGUUCGGUCUGGAUUCCCCGCUUGGUCUCUUCCCGCCCGGUAUGGACCCGGGCAAGAUCUACAGUCCGCUGAUGGAGAUGUCCGACCCGCGAGGAAUGCAUCACGAUGGGCCGCCAUUUCUGAAAAAGAAACUGAACCGACCCAAAGGGCAACACUCGGCUCCCCGAGGGGGUCCGCCACGGUCGUGGACGAACGCUGAACUGACGGAGGCUCUCCAGCAUGUGUGGAAUAAAAAGAUGACCACUAGCCAAGCGUCACGAAUCUUCGGUAUCCCGUACAAUUCGCUGCUGAUGUACGUUCGGGGAAAGUACGGCAAAAGUCUAAAGCUGGAACAGCUACGGAAAGACUGCAUCAGUGGACCACCGAUCGAGCUACUGCAGAUGGGAAUGAACAAUAACAACAACAAAGACAAGAAGGAUGGUUCCGAGAAAGAUUUGCCACAUCAUCCGGGCAAUGGAGGAGGUCCGAAUGAAGGCCGAUCCGGUAGUGGAUCGAUGGAUCAGCGAGGUGGACCCCGUUCGGCAUCGUCGGAACCGGAACUACUCGGAAGUCCGAACCCUCUAUUCAAUCCGUUUCCCCCCGGUUUCUAUCCGGAUUUUCCCGGUGGGUUUCCAGGCUUGCCACUGAGUAUGCUGAAUCUGAUACCACCGGAUCGACAUGGACCGCACCAUCAGCUGCACCAGAUGGGCAUCGAUGAGGACUGCAAAAGUGAUAGGUCAAAGCAAUCUCUGGACGAUGACUUCCCGCAGCCUCUGGCGCUGAAUCGAUCCUCGUUAUCUGCGGGGACACCUGGCGAUGGCGGACCAGGCAGUCAUCCGGCUGACAGUAGGAGAGAAAUCUACCAACAGAACGGUCAGGACUAAUAUUUAUACUUUCUUGACCGCCUCAAGGCACUGCCACGGUAUCCCAAGUGGGUUGGUUGAGAAAGUUAGAAAAACGGCGGCAGAGUAGGGGAAUGAGUGCGAACAGUGUAAACGCGACAAACUAUACUUAAUAUUAGGCUGUGUGAUAUCAACGGACACGCAUCGGGCGGCGAGAAAUUACCAAACUGUUUACCAUCAGCAGUUGGUUGGAGUAUCGGCUAGAGUGAGCCGUCGCCGCCGCCACCGGCAAUAAAUCGAGCACCGUUCGGCGGCUGCAUAAAAGCUUUGUUUUAACGAAGCCGACACCGAUUCGACAGAGGAACUACUAAUCGAACGUGAUAGUGUUAGUUUUUAUUUGAGCAAUUCCUAACUAUUUUUGUUUGUAAUUUUGAGUAUAUUAGUUAAAUCAUUAUUUAAUGCAAUGUUAUAGUAGAACAAAUGCAAUAUUUUAUUUUAACAAUAAUCUUUUCGGCCUGAAUUGAGAAGAGUUUUAGUUUUAAUACGAUUUUAUCUAGUAGUGCACACACACAGAUACAACCACGCAAACAACUUUGGGGCAAUAUUUAUUUCUGAAAUUAUAAGCGAUCAAUAGGCAAGUAUGGAUAAGAUCACAGAAAUUAGUUUACUAUAAGUUUUCGGAACGAUGCAAGCUAGUUCUGCGAGAUGGUGCUUAAUGGGAUAUAAUUUAAGUUUAAUUCUAUCAACUUACAAAAGCCAAACGAACGCAAAAGAUACAAACACAGCUAAAGUAACACAGAGCAGAGAAAUUUUUGAUUUUCUCCUACGAAAACAAACACCGUGCAGUACUUCAGACGGAAUGCGAAUGAAACAAUAGAACUACUAAAUAAGUGAAAUGAACAAACGUGCUUCCUGAGUAUAUAAGUUAAAGUAUAAGUUUUAAAAUCCAUUUACAGUGAACUAAGCAGAAUACAACAAACACAGAUCUAAGUGGAUAUAAUGCAAAAAACACAGAAAUAACUACUACAAUAGCUAAUUUAUUUAUGAAUCAUAACUAAGUGAAUCAAAGUGCUGUUAUCGCAAGAGCAGUUUAUUUUUUUUUCGAGUAGCAUAAUUUCUAUUUUUGUUGAAACUAGAUUUUAUUUGGACCGCAACAUCCAACUGGAUGGGUAUUUAGUAUUGUUUCGACUGGCACACAGAAACACAUCCACACACACUAUAAGUCGAUAUUUUAUUUCUUUUCUGUAUAUUUUUAUCUUUGCUUUUUACACAUACCAGCGUACUUCCAAGAAGAAGCGACGGAAACCAACAAAUGAUACAGUAUUAAUCAACUAAAUAAAGCAAUUUAUACAUGGAUUAUAGUUUUGUUUUUCUGUUUCCUUUAUGCCCUUUGUUCCAGUUUUCUACCAACAGCCAGAAUCAAUAAAAGACUGAACCACUAAUUUUUUUAUUUUGAGAAAAUCCUUAUUUUUCUUUCGUUUGUUUCGUGUCUUUAUUAUCGAUUAAGAUUAGUACAUCCAAAUAGCCAAGCGUAAGUUAAAAGCCAACCAAGAAACAGUUUUUUCUUUCAACUUUGAGAGAGUCAUACAAAUUAAAUGGUAAUUUAUGAGCUUCAUUAAUCAGCGAAACCAUGCUGUCAGGUUGUAUAAUUUGACGCAAGAAGCUUGCUCUGCUAGGUCUCAGCAGCGGCUGACUAAAUGAACGAAAGCAAAUAAACAAAAUCGCAGUAAAAAGCAAAACUGAAUGGAACUAAUUUUAACUCGCAUUACAUAGGUUACUACAAAAUCUGACCGAACCGAACCCGAAGGAAUCAGGUCAGCAGAACAUAUACCGAUUUGCAAGCAUACAAAUAAACUCCUGAGUUGAUGAACCAAACACAAAAAAUUGUUAUACGCGGCCAUAUUCUUAUAAGAACGUGAGGUUGAGGAAACGAGUAAACAGUAGGACAUUUUUGAAGUCUACAUCUAGGGGAUUGCCUUCUCGGUUCUUUAAUUUCCACACUCAGCCGAUCUGUUCUAGUACCUCAAACAAGCACUGUUAUCCUAAAUAAACAUAAAUAGUUACGAUUGAUACUAAACUGCAUACACUGCAAGAGGGAGAGGGAGAAACAUGAAAUGAAACUACAGAUGCAACGCAAUAGACUAUUUUUUACAGAAGAAGUAUGUGUUAAAUUUAACCGAAUAGUUCAGAACUCAAUCGCUGCUGUAGCUGCUGCUGCAAAAAAGAUAGGAAGAUCGCUUAAAUUGAAUUCAACACAAAACAAUAGUUCCUCAUACAAACUACACUAGGCGCUGCUGGAAGUGGGAAAAUUAUCAGUCAAACCGGGAAACUGACAGAUGAAGAUAAGAGUAUGACAAUGCAAUAGAUGAAGGGAAUUAAACCACGUCACAUUUUGGCAACCUUUGUGGAAAUCGUUGAUUUGUAGAAUAAUUGUUUCAUCUUUGGUAUUUAUUCUUUUCAAAUUACCAACUUGUUAAUAUCGGUUAAAGCCCAAUUUUGGUACCAGGAUCCUAUUAUUUAUCAAGCAGAAUUUGUUACCUUCACAGCAUACUGAAAUAUACUUUGAUGUGAUUUUAUAUUGAUAGUCCAUCGGCAUUUUUAAUGUGCCAGGCUUGCAUUCUUGAUUAACAUUUAUAAACACUGCUUGGAUGUCUUUUCUCUGUGGUUGCUUUGACAAUAGAUCAUGGCACGGUGACGUCACGCAUCUGAGUUUGACAGCUACUGGUAACUUUGUUUACCUUCGGGCGGUGCGGUUUGGUUCUUAAUCAUAGCAGAUCAUUUCAAUUGUGACCAAAAUGCCCUUUAAAUUUUGAGCGUGAGGUUACAGUACAAUAAAAACAAUUACAAAUUGAGCAGGAUUCCAUCUACACACACGAUUGCUCAUUCACAAAAAAGCACAAAGUCCAACAUAUAUACAAAGUAAUCACUAACUGUCAGAAAAGUGAGGUCAAAGAGAUUCGGUGAGAUGGUCUAUAUAAGAAGUAAAUGACAAAGUCAAAGGUCGAGACAGUUCAUCCCCUAAGGGGAACGAUGUUUUGGAACUACUCAACUUGACGUACUUUUAGUCAUGAGUUAUGACGGAUGAACACAAGUAUUAUACCUUUAUUUCAAUGAAAAAUAUUUCGAUAUUAUUACGCGUUAUUAGUUCAUAUAUUUUGAUAUUUAUCGUUAAUCUGUCACAUGGACAUCCCUUCAACGAUAAUGUGAUGUCAAGAAGUUAUGAUAUAGAUAGAGGGGUACCUAAAAAUGCAACGAUAAAUGCUUUGUAAUAUUGAAUAUUGGAAAUAUUCCGCAAUUUAUCAAUAAUGUCUUGCCCCUCGACUUUAGUCCACAUUUUAUUGGAUCAUUUCUCGCGUAAUUUUUCAAAGCGACCUAUCUAACAUUGAGAGACUCUCUUUGUUUACUUUCUCUUUGAUCAAUAAUUAUGUUAUUUUUUCCAUAUUUCAUUACAUUUAAUGCAUAGUAAGCAAGACAGUAUUACUAUCUCUCGGUUAAGGGGAAGAAAGCUUAGAAAAUAUAUAUAAUGUGACGUAAUUAACGGAACAAAGUGAGAGAAGAGAGAAUCUGUCAUUGUUACUAAGGUCCCUUUGAAAAAUUACGCGAGAUUUCUUCUUCUCCACGUACUGCAAAUUUUGAAAUUCCCGGACGCAUGCAUACCGGUGCCAUGAGAUCGACAAGGACUCAUCUGCCGUGGCCCUCCCUGUACCACCCCUAAAUCCGGCUAUGAGUAUCUAUAUCGUGGGUUGGAUCAGUAUCGCGCAUUACGUAUUGUAUUUUGUUGCCAAAAGUGAUGUGGUCCAAAAUUCUAGUUUUUGUUAUGACACUAACACAGAUUAACAGACAUAAAACAUUGAGCAGAUUUGCAAUAAAACCAUCGAUCAGAUGAUAAAAAUAGUUAACGUAAGUAAAACUAGCAUCAUUUGCUGCUAUGUUUGCGCUGCGUCCUGUGUUUCGACACCAGCGCUAGCGUGCGUGCAUGUAUCAAUUUGAGAACCACUAAAAGUACGUGAGAUUGCUAGACAGCCCCAUAGAUGGUACUGUCGCGCAUCAGCUAAAAAUUUUAAAUAAUCAUUUUUCGGGGCUAUGAAGCGCGUUUCAGUGUUCCGUCUGUUAGUCUGUGACACUAUUAUUCUGUUUUUCUGUUUUAAUUGGGUGUAUUUCAUUACAUAGCCUUCAGAGAAUAAAUCAAACAAACAUCAAACAAGCUACCGUACAUACUUUUUACAGCAAGGUUUUUUGAAAAAACGCAGCUACAACACAAAAUAGGCUAGAUAACUAAACAAUGCAAGCCAGCUCACGACGAGUAGGUGCAGGAUAGCGACAAAAAUGAGUUGAAUGAAAGCGCUGAAGGAAGCAGCAGCAGCAGAAGUUUUUAUACAUAGGAACCGAAAUCAAACUGCAUAUUUAACAUAUACAACAAUACAAAACAAUAGACAUGGAAAGCAUUUUCUUCUUUUUUUUUCUACAAGCAUGUCCUGUUCACCGCAAUGCCGGCCUGUUUUACAACUGUGUGGUUGGAUGGGACAUUUAUACCACUACACACACAACAAUACUGCACCAGAUGCAAUAAAAUAAAUAGAAAGAUGCUAACCCUGCAUCACCGUGAUAAACAGAAAACUUACCAGUACAGCCAAACCAUAUAUUUCUAUUAUUUACAGUGAAAUAAAACCAAUAUACAGAAUACUAUUGCAUCAAAUGAAACAAUGUUAAAAAAGACAGAUCCGUUAGAUGAAAUCAUCUCGCGCAGCAUAGAUUACAGUUUCAGAUCACAUUCGUUCAGAAAAUUAUGCAAAGUUUUGACCGUUCACAGUGUUAACCUGCUAGAGAAGUUUCGAGGUUAUGAUUCGACAGCAGAUCCAAUUAAAAACAAGCAAGCACUUUGGCAGAGGUUAAGCUAUUAAAAUAAAAGUGAACGAGAAGAAAUUUAGUUACAAGUUCAGAUCAAAAUUUAGGUUUUCGUGUAUAAAAAAUCUCUCAAAGUAUCUUUUCGCCUAGUAUACGACUUUGAGAUAUAAAUGUCACACUUUGUUCUGAUUAUGACAAAAUCAAAUCAAAUGCAGGAAGUGAACGGUGUUUUGAUUCGCAGCGAAACCUAGGAAAAAAACCCAAACGCCUACAACGGAAACAAGAGCAAGAGGAAAGAAAAAAAAAUAAAACAAAAACAGGUGUAACACGCCAUAUUCCAAAUUGGAACAUGGCAAAAUUUCGAACUAGGCUAAAUUGAAUAAUUCUGUAAACCACAUGUACAAAAUAACGUAGUUACAAUAAUGAGAAAUUCUACCGCAGAUCACCGAUUCAAUUCGCUACCGCAGACGUUAAGUUUCAGUUUCUUCACAAACCGUCCUUCGACAUUAGUAGACAGAACUUACCGCUAAUCUCCUCCCAGUGAAACCUCAGCUAAACACUCAGCAAUAGACAAUCCGAAAAUUGAUCAGAAUCUACUGCAUUAACGAAACACACAAACACGCAAAACGCUUCGAAAAUUGGGGAACCCAUUGUCAAAGCAGUUCGACACCGUGUUUUUUUUAGGUUUGAAUUUAUGUUUCCACAAAACUUACUACAGUAACCAGCUGCUCAUCUAGUAAAACAAAGAAAAACGGAAAGAAUAAAACAGGGUAAUUUAUUGAAUUUCAUAUACAUUAAACGAAAAACAAACAAAAACUUAUAAGAGGCAAAUCUUAAACUACACAAUGAAAGAAACAAAGUAAUAGGAUUAAUAAUACAGUGUAACCAUUAAUGGAAGAACAGACAGCAGAAGAGCGAAUGAACCUUCAUAUUAAGCGAAACGGCGAAGGGGCGAAUUGUCGCACGCCACAGUCGUUCGACACAGAGAGAAAGCAACAAAUACAGUAAAUAUUUGUAACGUGUAAUUUUUGAUAUGUGAUAUCAACCUACUGUUCGUUAUUAUCAUCAAAGUACUAGUUUCGGUUUUCUUUAGCCUCUCAGUUGAUACGUCUCUAACUAGAAGAGAAAUAUUUGUUUAACAACGCGUAUAUUUUCUGCUGGCAACUAUAAUCGUCUGUAAAUAAAAACGUUUUUCGGUAAGUUAAUCAUAAAAAGCAUGUAAAAGAUAAACUUUGGAAGUGACAAAACACACACCUACACACAAACACGAAAAACAAAUGAAAAAAAAUGUAACGAGUGAAAUAAAUGAUAAAAGUUAAUGAAGAAAAAAAAAACAACAAAUCCAAUGACGACUUGGACAGUGAAAAAACACACACACACACAAACACACAAGAAUAUAAAUGCAAUUUAGGCAAAUGGAAAAUAACUGUUAUUUAGGCACAAUUAUUUAAAUAGAAGAAGUGAAUCUAAAAUUCCAAAUCGAAGCAUGUCCUUAAAUUCUAUUUGGCCGACUCGAGGAUAAUUAAUUAGUGUACCAUUUAAGGCAGACAUCAAAACAAAACAUUUGUGUGUUCGUAACACGUACGCGUUUGUUUGUUUUUAUAGGGCGAGCAAAACUCUUAAGUCUUAAGAUAUUGUUUCCCCGAUUCGUUGGGUUAACUUUUUGUACUGCUAAAUUCCGUUCUCUUACACACAUAGUAGCAGAUCUAUCAAAAUUGUAAAAUAAUUCGGCACAAGAGACGGUCAAACCCGAGCUGCGGAAUGCGGUAAGAAAAUUUCAGCAAACAGAAAAUCGACAAAAAACAGCUAGGGCGUAAUUUUAGGAUAAGAUCGGAAAUUAUGAAAUAAAAAAAAUAAGGUGGAAAUUGUAAGAAAAAUAUUUGGCACUUAUUGAUAUUUACUGUUAUAUGAACAAUUAUAAAACUGAAAUAAAAAUA